CUCUCUGCAGUGACUUUUUUUUUUUUUGCACUUCGUCAUUCUUCAGUGUUCAGCAAAAUUGUGUUUUCGACUCAAUAGAACCAUGGCCUUGUGGCACAGGAGCUCACUACUGGCGGCCGUUCCGCUGUGGAUGACUUUCGGUCGAGCCGUAGCUCUCGCCGAACCGGAGAUAUGUUAUCUGCUGGAUGGCAUUCUGUUUUUGUAUGGCAUCAUCCUGACCGCGCUCUACUGCAGACUCAAGAUUCGCACUGCUAAAGAGGGGAAGGCAGAUGGCAAGCAGAGUGCUUCAGAAGGCAUUUACACUGGCUUGACUCCUCAUGUCCAGGACACAUAUGCGAUAAUUGACACCAAGAAGUGACAAGGAAGGAAAACACAAAACAUUGCUUCAAUUUUUUGUUCGGCUAUGCUUAUUUCAGCUGCCGUUCGGUGUAAUGCAAAUUUGUGAUUAAGAAAAACAAUGUUGUGUUAAUCACUUUUUGAGUAUUUGUUAUUGAUUAUUGUAUUGAGCAGUUACUUAUAACAAGGAAAGACAUGAUUAAAUAGCACCCCCUUUUCCCCCUUGGUGAUUGCAUUAAUCAGUUACUAAUAAAAAGGAAAAAUGUGAUUAAAUGGCA